AUGCCCGCAGACGACUUUGUCAUCCUCGAGUCGGACGACGGCUACUCGUUCGUCGUGCCGCGCAACAUUGCCAUCGCAAGCGGCACGCUGAAAGCAAUGCUGGACGAGGACGCCGCGUUCCAGGAGGCCGAGAACAAGACGUGCCGGCUGCACUACCGCGGCAUCAUCGUGCAAAAGGUCAUCGAGUACCUCGCGUUCAAGGUCCAGUAUGCCGACUUUUCGUCGUCCGACAUCCGCGAGGACUUUGCGGAUCGGAUCGAUCCCUACAUUGCGCUUGAGCUUCUCACCGCCGCCGAUUACCUCGACACAUGACCCACCACCAUCACAUUGUACAACUAGAACCAUCAUGCA